AUGCUCUACUCGCUUGCAGCGGCGCUACUUCUGGGGCGGGCUCUUGCCGUCGACCGUCUUCUGGGCUUCAACGCAAAGCCCCUAGUUGAGAAUCGCGCCAUCGACGAAAUCUACAAGGCUGCUCUGGCCGAAGGUGGCGUCGUGACUCUGUGGCAUGGCGGCGACGAGACCAACCAGAGGGACAGCCUCAAGGAAGCCUUUGAGAAGCAGUUCCCUGGCAUGACGCUCGAUCUCACGGUCGACCUGUCGAAGUACCUCGACGGCAAGAUUGACGAGCAGGUCGCCGGUGGCAACGUCACUGUCGACAGCGUCAUGUUGCAAACGACACACGACUUUACACGAUGGGCACAACACGGCGUGCUUCUCAACUACGCGCCCAACAACUUUGACAAGAUCCGGCCCGCCUUUAAGGAUUCGACGUCGGCAUCGUACUACGGUACCGAGAUUCUCUGGCUGUCCAACGUCUGGAACACCAAGAAGCUGCCAGACGCCACCUUUGACACCUUCCAAGAGUUCCUCAAGCCCGAGUACAAGGACAAGAUCGUGCUUGCGUACCCCAACGACGAUGAUGCAAUCCUGUACGCAUUUGACCUCAUCAUGCAGCAGCACGGCAUCGCCUGGUUCGACAAGCUCCUAGCCCAGAACCCGCGAUGGGUGCGCGGGACGCAGACGCCAGCGACGCUCCUCCUCAACGAUACGGAGGAUGUGGCCGUGACCUUUACGACGAUUGUAGGCUUCGACCCUAUCGAGAACGCAAACCAGACGUUCCCGACCGACGGACAGUUCGUCAGCUGGGCGCAGACGGGCGGCAUCCUGGCCGACGCGCCGCACCCAGAAGGCGCAAAGCUGCUGCACAAUUGGAUCCUGAGCGACGACUACCAGAAGAGCUUGGGGUGGAGCGUCCGCGGCGACAUCCCGCGACCUGAGGGUGUGCCAGACAUGAUGAGCCUGCCGACGACCAACACGCCCGACUUUCCCCGCUGGAUGCAGGACCGCGGCAAGGUCGAGCGCCUGAGGUUCUGGUUCGAGAACAAGCUGGGAACUGCCCAGGGACUGAGCCCACUCAAGGACAACAUGUAG